CAUGAUUUGAUUGAUAAUAUUUAUUGAAAUUAAUUAAAACAUGGUGAUUACUGAUAGGUUUUAGGGUAAAUGUUAAUUAUUGUAUGGCAAUACUAUAAAAAACUGGAUUGACGUGGAAGGGGUAAGCGGAACCUGGAACGGAGAAUAGCUGGGAGCUCACUUUUGAUCGAGACGAGCUGAUGGAAGGACAUCGGAGGCAACUGAGGGUCAACCUGCCACUAGAAGUUAUAAUAUCUCAGAAGUGCUCAGAUCUUCACGCUCAUGACCGUCGGUCUACAAAUUCAAAGACAUGACGGAUAGUAAUGAAGCUGGGCCGAGUGGUCUGCAGUUAGCAGUAGGAAGGAAGAGGAUCUUAAAUAUAUCAUCUUCGUCAGAUGAAGAUGAACCACCCAUUAUACGUAGACGCAUACAGAGUGAUAUAAUAGAAUCUAGUGGCAGCAGCGUUACAACUACGAGUCGAGCCAUGAUUGACGCUACAGAUUUUAUUAAUGCGCUAACAGGACGUAGUAAGCCAAUUUUUAGUAUGCAACAGAUGUUGAAUGCUAUACCUGAGUUUGAUCCCGACAGUCGCGCACAAAAUAUAGAUAUUUGGUUGCGAAAAGUAAACGAGUGCGCUUUGAUUUAUGAGUGGACUGAUCGCCAGACAUCACACUGUGCCACCCAAAGAUUAAGAGGCACCGCCAAGAGUUGGUACAACUCCCAACCCAGUUUAGAUUUCUCUUGCAUAGAAUGGCAACAAAAACUUAGGCGUGCAUUUCCCGUUGAUGAUAAUUUCGCUCUGUUGCUCGAGGAGAUGUUUGGUAGAAAGACAGACCCAGAAGAAAGUUUGCGGUCGUAUUUUUACGACAAACUUAUGCUAUUGAAUCGGUGUGGAAUAACAGGAAAGAAAGCUGUCGAUUGUCUAAUCCAUGGAAUAACUAAUACUUCUCUGAGAAAUAGUGCCACAGCUUUGAAGUGUCAAGAGCCAGAAGAUCUUUUACACUACUUUGUACUACAGCAGCCUCAAGGUGUAUUAAUAUCACAAACACAAAGGAAGAGAGGAUAUACUACUAGAUUUGAAAACUCUAUCUCACAGAAGAAAGCUAAAUGCUACUAUUGUGGUAUCGAAGGACAUAUGGCGAAUAAAUGUUUCAAGAGGAAUAAGAAGCCAUCAACGGAUAUAAAAAAGGUGUGUUUCAACUGUAACGAAGAAGGGCAUCUAGUUGCUAACUGCCCGAAAGCCGCGAAUAAAUCUAAAUAA